UGACCACUGAUGGAAUCUUACUCCCGAGCGCUCUGAGUUUAUAUACGCAGACUGCAGAGCCAGCUGUUGAGAGUCCGCAUCCACUUAUUGGGGAGCGCAAGAACCUUGGGGGUUUGGCCGAGGGCACACCAGUGGUGUUGAGUGGUUGGGGAAACUUGCUACUGCAGUCUUCCAAGUCUCAUAACGACCGAGCGAGCAAGCAUGUCUAAGGGUCCAGCAGUGGGCAUUGACCUGGGAACCACGUACUCCUGCGUGGGCAUCUUCCAGCAUGGCAAGGUGGAGAUCAUCGCCAACGACCAGGGAAACAGGACCACACCCAGCUAUGUUGCCUUCACCGACACAGAGAGGCUUAUUGGCGAUGCUGCCAAGAAUCAGGUGGCCAUGAACCCUACCAACACUGUAUUUGAUGCUAAGCGCCUGAUUGGCCGCCGCUAUGACGACCCAGUGGUGCAGUCGGACAUGAAGCACUGGCCAUUCCGUGUGGUGAACGAUGGCGGGAAGCCCAAGAUGGAGGUGGAGUACAAGGGUGAGAUGAAGACCUUUUACCCUGAGGAGGUUUCGUCCAUGGUACUCACCAAGAUGAAGGAGAUCUCCGAAGCCUACCUGGGAAAGACGGUGACAAAUGCUGUCAUCACGGUGCCUGCCUACUUCAACGACUCCCAGCGCCAGGCCACCAAAGACGCCGGAACCAUCGCCGGGCUGAAUGUUCUACGCAUCAUCAACGAGCCCACCGCGGCCGCCAUCGCAUACGGCCUGGACAAGAAGGUCGGUGGGGAGCGCAACGUCCUGAUCUUUGACUUGGGUGGAGGAACCUUUGACGUGUCCAUCCUGACCAUCGAGGACGGGAUCUUCGAGGUCAAGGCCACCGCCGGGGACACCCACCUGGGUGGGGAGGACUUUGACAACCGCAUGGUCAACCACUUCAUUGGGGAGUUCAAGCGCAAGUUCAAGAAGGACAUCACCAACAACAAGCGUGCCGUGAGGCGUCUGCGGACGGCCUGCGAGCGCGCCAAGAGGACCCUGUCCUCCAGCACCCAGGCCAGCAUCGAGAUUGACUCCCUCUACGAGGGCUCUGACUUCUACACCUCCAUCACCCGGGCGCGGUUCGAGGAGCUCAACGCCGACCUCUUCCGUGGCACUCUGGAGCCCGUGGAGAAGGCCCUGAGGGACGCCAAGAUGGACAAAGCCCAGAUCCACGACAUCGUCCUGGUGGGCGGCUCCACCCGCAUCCCCAAGAUCCAGAAGCUACUGCAGGACUUCUUCAAUGGCCGCGACCUCAACAAGAGCAUCAACCCCGAUGAGGCCGUGGCUUAUGGCGCUGCUGUGCAGGCUGCCAUCCUGGCCGGAGACAAGUCAGAGAACGUCCAGGAUCUGCUGCUUUUGGACGUGACCCCUCUGUCCCUGGGUAUCGAAACUGCAGGAGGGGUCAUGACUGUCCUCAUCAAGAGGAACACCACCAUCCCUACCAAGCAGACCCAAACCUUCACUACAUACUCUGACAACCAGCCUGGAGUGCUCAUCCAGGUGUAUGAGGGUGAGAGAGCAAUGACCAAAGACAACAAUCUCCUGGGCAAGUUUGAGCUGACAGGGAUCCCCCCAGCUCCCCGUGGCGUUCCCCAGAUCGAGGUGACCUUUGACAUCGACGCCAACGGCAUCCUCAACGUGUCAGCUGUUGACAAGAGCACUGGCAAGGAGAACAAGAUCACUAUCACCAACGACAAAGGCCGUUUGUCUAAAGAGGACAUUGAGCGCAUGGUGCAGGAGGCAGACCAGUACCGGGCUGAGGACGAGGCCCAGAGAGAGAAAGUCACCGCCAAGAACUCGCUGGAGUCCCUGGCCUUCAACAUGAAGAGCACCGUGGAGGACGAGAAGCUGAAGGACAAAAUCAGCCCUGAGGACAAGAAGACAAUCAUCGACAAGUGCAACGAGGUCAUUUCCUGGCUGGACAGGAACCAGACGGCAGAAAAAGAUGAAUACGAUCAUCAGCAGAAAGAGCUGGAGAAGGUGUGCAACCCCAUCAUCACUAAGCUGUACCAGGGUGCUGGGGGUAUGCCCGGAGGCAUGCCUGGGGGAAUGCCGGGGGGGUUCCCUGGAGGAGCUGGGGGAGCCUCCUCUGGACCAACUAUCGAGGAGGUGGACUAAACUGCCAAUCAGCAAGGGAAGAAAUGAUGAAGAAUACACAUUCUCUUAUUUUAUAUUCCAUCAGUUCCGAAUUGAUUAGUCACAUGAUUCAAUGAUUUUCAACUCAGAUGAUAUAAUUAUAUGAUCAAAGUAUAUAAUAUGUGUAUGCAUAUAUAUGCAUAUUAUAUUAUAUUAUAUUAUAUACUUUGAUUGUAUUGUAAUAUUAUCAAAGUACCUCCUGCAGCUUGUCAGCUAAUAAUGCUCAAUGUCUGAGACAAACAGCAACUAAGUACUGAAACCUGCGGCCUUCAUAUACGGCAUAUGAUAAUUACAAGAUGCCAGGAAUUAACAGCAUACAGCAACUUAUUUCUAUACUGCUUUUGCCAUUCAAUAUGUGACAAGUGGUCACAUAUUAAUUUGAGCCAAAGUAUUUGUGUGAAGUUUGUAGCUUGUGUUGUGACUUCCUUUCUUCUAUCAUACUUCCUCUGAGAAAAGACUUUUUUUUUUCUCAUUUUUGCAACCAGGUGUUUUUAGCCUGUGUGCAGAAUGGAAAUUUUUGUAUGGCUGGAUGCAGUGCAAUAAACAGCAGGGUUCUAAUCCUG